AUGCAACUGUCACCCAAAUGCCUUGACGCUGUGAAAUACCGUGUCUUUUGGGAAGACACGGAAGAGCCUUCGCUCAAGAAAUUUUUAGAUUUUCGACUUUUGGCUGGCGACUUAGAAGAUAAGCAAACUGAGUACCAUCGGUACAAGCAAGAACUAGAUACAAUUGGCAAAUUUUAUGCCGAAGUAUCUGAACCUGGACAGGAAGUGAUAAGGUGGAAAAAUGCUUUUAAGGCAAUCAACGGUAAUAAUCGUUUUUGGAAACUUCAAAACGAAAGACAAAAUAUUGCGGUGAAGAAUGUAUUGAUUGAGGAUAAAACCAAUAUGCAAGAGAACAAGGCAAAUGUGAAGGUUCGGAAGUUGCAGGCGGACCAACACGUAACCAUUGCUACGGUAACAACGGGACAAAUUCAACAAUAUGCUAGGUCAACAACUACCAAGAUCUCGAAGAAGUUUCUUGAUGAAAAAGAAAGGACAGUAAAGCGUACCAGAAUGUAUAAGGAAAGUGAUAACAAUGAUAAUACCGAAAAUAAUCAUUUAUUGUUAUCAGAUGAAAAAUCGUCAACUGUCUUUACCCAAGACCAAUUCUCCCCCAAUGAUAAAUCAUCCGAUGAUGACGGAGACCAUGUUAAUUAUAAGAUUGAAGAAUUCUCCAAUUCCAGCCUGUUAGGUAGAAAUGAUACGAAAGAUGGAACUCAAACACCUUCUCAUCAAAUCACCGGAAACACUUCCUUCGCUCAAUCCUCAGCCAGUGAAACCCAUGAAAGCAUCCUUAGGGCUUCUGAGAAUUUAACGGGCUUAGAUGAGGUUAAGUAUUUCAAAGAAUUUAUUUCACUCUUCGAAGAAUACAAAGAACGUGAAAAAAAUAAUGUGUACUCUUGCACCAAUGAUGAUGUUAUGGACAUCAGAGGUGAUGGUGACCUCGUCCACAACGAAACAAUAACUGCUAGAUUUGAUAGGAUCGAAGAAGGACUUGAUGAAACUCGCGAUGCACUAAAUCAAUUAACAAACCAAUUUCAGAAACUAAAUAUACGUAAAUGUGAUAUUUGUGGAGAAACUGGUCAUACUAAAGGCAGUUCUGAUAAUGAAGGAGACGGCUAUGAUGAAGAAAAUAAUACGUGGACUGGAUAUGAUCCACCGCUCUCACCGCCGAUACGAAAAAUGUGCUUGUCUCGAAAGACUCAGGAGGAGGAAUCGAAAGAAUCAGAUGAGUGGUUAUCAUCUUUACAAUAUCUGAAUGCUAAUAUAAAUGACUUAACUGUUAGAGAAUCUUUUUUAGAUCCUGGCAGUGAGUUCGGUGGUAUAAAUGACCCAGCAAUCAAGGCGCUUGGAUGGAAGGCUGAUAAACCAUCUAAUUUUGCUAUAAAGGGCAAUUCCAAGCAUAUCACCGAUUCUUUAGGAUGGUAUACAGACGUGCCAGUUACCUUGAAGGAUAAAGAAGAUAAGACAGUCACGGUCAUUGGAAAUUUUGUUCGUAUCGAUAUUGGUAAAACAGAACCAAUGCUAUUUUUAGGUAUGUCAAAUAUUCGAAAGGUUCAAGGUAUCCCUGAGCCAAAUAAAAACCAGUUCCGCAUAAAGUUACAUGGGAAGACCUAUGUUAUUCCAACAUAUAGCAAGGCCCCGAUAGCUAAGGAUCCGCCAAAAGAGGGACCGCAUGGCUCGCUCCAAGUAUCCACCGAUUCCUCUAGCCCGACUAGUGAGGAGGACUUAAAAAAAAGUGCGCAAACUGCAUGA